AUGAAAUUCGGGAAAGAGUUUGGGAUCCACCUUGAAGAAACCCUACCCGAAUGGAGGGACAAGUAUUUGUGUUACAAACCCUUGAAGAAGCUCCUCAAGAACAUACCCUCCACCGCUGAUUCUUCGUUGCUCCUAAUUCGGGCUGAUAAUCUCAGACUACAACAACCAGGCGACGCCGUUGAUGGGAUUGAUCACCCGCCUUUGGCCGACCACCAGGACUGCUUCAUCAGAAUUCUCAAUGAAGAACUUCAAAAGUUUAACGAUUUCUACGUCGAUAAGGAGGAGGAAUUCAUCAUCCGCCUUCAGGAAUUGAAGGGAAGAAUUGAGCGGCUGAAGGAGGAGGGCAGUAGGGAUGGAGUGCCGACAUCAAAGAAUGAAUUCAGCGAAGAGAUGAUGGACAUACGCAAGGACUUUGUCAAUAUUCAUGGGGAGAUGGUGCUUCUAAAAAAUUAUAGCUCCCUAAAUUUUGCAGGUCUGAUUAAAAUUUUAAAGAAGUAUGAUAAAAGAACUGGGGGAUUGCUGCGUCUUCCUUUUACACAGCUUGCCUUUCACCAACCCUUCUUCACACCAGAACCUCUCACAAGGUUAUUGCAUGAGUGCGAGGCAAAUCUUGAGCUCCUCUUCCCAUUGGAAGCAGAAGUUGUUGAAUCUCCUGCUACUGAGCAAGAUGAGACAAACACAACUCCUGCUGAUGUGACAAAUUCGUCCUCGCAGACAUCAUUUCCACUUGGAGAGGAAACUGUGGAUAUAUACCGCAGCACCCUAGCUGCAAUGAGAACAAUAAAGGGUCUUAAGAAAGCGAGCUCUACUUCUAAUCCAUUGUCUUUUGCAUCUCUCUUUGGGACCCAGGACAGUGACAAUACUGGUGUUGUAACAGCUCAAAACUCGCCCUCUGAAUCUUUAGCCUCUUCGCAGAAUGGAGAGGAGUCGAAGCAAGACAAUGCCCAUGUCACAAAAUAG